CGGCAGAAGGAGCGAAGCUCUGGCCCGGCGCGGAGUGGGCGCUCUACGGGGACGCUGGGCCGGGGCACCGGGCUGUGUGGAGAAGUGAGCGCGCUCGCCUGACCCCCGUCCCCGCCACCCCGAGCCAGAAGCCGCGAGCUCCUGAGGCCCGCCCGAGGCCUGCGUCCUCCGUCCGGCGGCGGCGGCGGCGACGUCUUGCAUUCGGCCGACUCGCCGCGCCCGCGCCCCCGCCCUGCCGCCCCUGCUGCCCUCCCGGCCGCCGGUCUGUGGUGGACGCAGCCCCGCAGCAGCCCGACCAGAGCGCCGAAGGUGAAGGAUAAUCUUCUAAAACCAGCACUUUGAAUGAAAAUUUGUUUCUCUGCCACACAUUGAACGCCUUUUUUUUUGUUUUUGUGGGAGAGUUGAAACAAACCUAAUUUUGUGGCAUAGCAGCUAUGCAGCUUGAAAUCCAAGUAGCACUCAAUUUUAUUAUUUCAUAUUUGUACAAUAAGCUUCCCAGGAGACGUGUCAACAUUUUCGGUGAAGAGCUCGAGAGACUUCUUAAGAAGAAAUAUGAAGGGCACUGGUAUCCUGAAAAGCCAUACAGAGGAUCAGGGUUUAGAUGUAUACACAUAGGGGAGAAAGUGGACCCAGUGAUUGAACAGGCGUCCAAAGAGAGUGGUCUGGACAUUGACGAUGUGCGUGGCAAUCUGCCACAGGACCUUAGUGUUUGGAUCGACCCGUUUGAGGUUUCCUACCAAAUUGGUGAAAAGGGACCCGUGAAGGUACUUUAUGUGGAUGAUAAUAAUGAAAACGGAUGUGAGUUGGAUAAGGAGAUCAAAAACAGCUUUAACCCAGAGGCCCAGGUUUUUAUGCCCAUAAGUGACCCCGCCUCGUCGGUGUCCAGCUCCCCAUCGCCUCCCUUUGGUCACUCUGCUGCUGUAAGCCCUACCUUCAUGCCCCGGUCCACUCAGCCUUUAACCUUUACCACUGCCACUUUUGCUGCCACCAAGUUCGGCUCUACCAAAAUGAAGAAUAGUGGUCGAAGCAACAAGGUUGCACGCACUUCUCCUAUCAACCUCGGCUUGAAUGUGAAUGACCUCCUGAAGCAGAAAGCCAUCUCUUCCUCAGUGCACUCUCUGUACGGGCUGGGCCUGGGCAGCCAGCAGCAGCCGCAGCAGCCACAGCAGCCGGCCCAGCCGCCACCGCCGCCGCCGCCGCCGCCGCAGCAGCAGCAGCACAAAACCUCUGCGCUUUCUCCUAAUGCCAAGGAAUUUAUUUUUCCUAAUAUGCAGGGUCAAAGUAGUAGUACCAAUGGAAUGUUCCCAGGUGACAACCCCCUUAACCUCAGCCCUCUCCAGUACAGCAAUGCCUUUGAUGUGUUUGCGGCCUAUGGAGGCCUCAACGAGAAGUCUUUUGUAGAUGGCUUGAAUUUUAGCUUAAAUAACAUGCAGUAUUCUAACCAGCAAUUCCAGCCUGUUAUGGCUAACUAAAAAAAAAAAAAGGAAGAAAGAAAAAAAAAUGUAUCGUACAAAUUAAAAUGCUCGGGCCCAAGGGGGGUUUUUUUUCACCUCCUUGAGAUUUUUUUUUUUAAGCUUAUAGUAAGGAUACAUUCAAGCUUGGUUACAAAAAUAAAACAUGCAUCAUUUUUCAUUUGCCAACCAAGCACAAAGUUAUUUUAUACUGACUGUAUAUUUUAAAGUAUACUCUCAGAUAUGGCCUCUUACAGUAUUUAAGAUAUAGCAAGGACAUGGCUGAUUUUUUUUUUAUAAAAAAUUGGCACUAAUAAGUGGGUUUAUUGGUCUUUUCUAAUUGUAUAAUUUAAUUUAGUACAAAGUUUGUAAAAUAUCAGAGGAUAUAUAUAUUGUUUCUACGACAUGGUAUUGCAUUUAUAUCUUUUUACUACAGUGAUCUGUGACAGCAGCAGCUUCAUGUUGUAUUUUUUUUACUGAAAUUGUAAAAUAUCCAUCUUAAAGACAUCAACUAUUCUAAAAAUUGUGUACAGGAUAUUCCUUUAGUGGUGGAAUUAAAAUGUACGAAUAUUUGCUUUUUCAAAAAAAUGUAUUUUCUGUUAAAGGUUUAAAGAUUUUUGCUAUAUAUUAUGGAAGAAAAUGUAAUCGUAAAUAUUAAUUUUGUACCUAUAUUGUGCAAUACUUGAAAAAAACGGUAUAAAAGUA